CCUCCCCCUAAUCUACCCCAGUACCCCCCGCACCGCACGCCAUUGCUCGCUCGUGCCCGCGUCGCGCAAGUCCCAGCUCCCACGACUCCACCGCGACCGGGGAGACGCCCGCCCCCCAGAUCGGCCGGGGCGGAUGGCGGCGCGGACCUUCCCGGCGGUGCUGGUGGCGGCGGUCCUGCUGCUGCUGCCGCCGCCCGGGGCGGAGGCGGUGUGGCUCGAGCUGCCGCCUUCGGGAACCAAGUGCGUCUCCGAGGAGAUCCAGCCCAACGUCGUGGUGCUCGCCGACUACGCCAUCAUGUACGAGUCCCACCCCACCUCGCACCCCACCGUCGCGGUCAAGGUUACCUCACCAUAUGGCAAUACAGUACAUCACAAUGAGAAUGCCACAACGGGUCAGUUUGCAUUCACAACCUCAGAAGCUGGAAACUACCUUGCAUGCUUCUGGAUAGACAGUGCAGAGAAAGGAUCAGGAACAUCUCUAAAUCUUGAUUGGAAGAUAGGGAUUGCAGCAAAGGACUGGGAUACAAUCGCUAAGAAGGAGAAAAUUGAGGGUGUAGAGCUAGAGCUUAGGAAACUUGAAGCUGCUGUCGAAUCCAUCCAUCAUAACCUGCUGUACCUCAAAGCAAGAGAAGCGGAGAUGCGAACAGUGAGCGAGAAAACAAAUUCCAGAGUUGCCUGGUUCAGCAUCUUGUCGCUUGGAGUCUGCAUUGUGGUCUCUGUGCUGCAGCUGUGGCAUCUUCAAGGUUUCUUCCGGAAGAAGAAGCUCAUUUAGAUUCACCCUCAGCCGUUUGAUAUGUGUACUCCGUUGUUAACUACCUUAGGAAAAGGACAGUUUUGUCAUAUUUGUUUCGAGGAACUCAUAUGGUGGACAAAACAGCCGGUUGAUACAUGAUACAUGGUUUCAAUAGCUAGCAACUGAUAUUAUACGCAAUCUUGAGUUUCCAUUUC